AUGGCAGGCCGGCUCCCGGCCCCCGCUGCCAGCCGGGAUCAGGGCGUUGAGGACGCCCCCGGCUCGCGGCCGGCUCCCCCUUUGCCCCCGGGGCGCUCCCCCUGCUCCAGCCCCUUCCUUGUGCUGCAGGUCCCCGUCAUCCACCACCACGGCUCCAACACCCUGAACUUCGACUUCCAGGCCCCGCAGGCCCCUGGUGCUGCUGAACGUGGCCGGGCCCCCCCCAGGAGCUCAGCGAGCGACUGGUACCAGACCUGGCCGGCCAAGGAGGGGAGGACGCGCAGCCCCACAGCACCCGCCGGCCCCAGCGCUGCCCCCCCCGGGCCCCGGCCCCCCCCGGGCUGGUCGGCAACGUGGACCAAGGACAGCAGGAGGCGGGAGCGGCGCUGGGUCAAGUACGACGGCAUCGGGCCGGUGGAUGAGACCGGGAUGCCCAUUGCCUCGCGCUCGGUGAGCGGGGGGCACAAGCGUGGACCAGCCCGGGACUGGUACCGCAGCAUGUUCCGGCAGAUGCACCGCAGGCUGCCAGAGCCCGACUGGGACCCCCAUCCCUGCCCCACGGAUAAGCUCAGCUCCUCGCUGCCUCCGUCCCCCCCAGCACCUCAGAUGAAGCCGGCCAUGCCCAACGGGGACUGGCUCCCCUGGGUUGUCACUGGUGCCACCGUGGAGCCCGGCAGCAUCUUUGACUACGAACCGGGGAGCCCCUCGCUGCCAAAGCAGCCCCCGGCAGCGGUGCCACCAGCACGGGCUCGUCCCAUUGAGGUGCUGCUGGAGCAGGAGCUGGAGCAGCUCAGCGUGGAGCUGGACAAGGACAUGAGGGCCAUGGAGACACGAUGGGAACCCUGUCAGCGCCCAGCGCCGGCCCCCGCCGCCCGCGGCCCCGCUCCGGCCCCUGCGGCCCCGCCGACCCGGCUGCAGACCCCGGCCAUGGAGCGGAGCAUCCCCGGGCUCGGCAGCGACCGGAGCCGCGCAGCCCCCGGAAGAGACACCUUGCGGCCAGCGACCCUCCCCAGCCUGCCCGACAUGGGGGACCCCGCAGAGGCCGUCAGGAGGGAGGGAGAAGAAGGUGAGGCCGGGCUGGUCCCAUCCCGCAUGGGAUUGGGAAUGGCGGGGAGGGGGGAGCCCUCCUCUGACCCCACUUCUCCGUCCCCAGAUGAAACCGCUCGCCUCAAGUUCGACUUCCAAGCUGAGUCACCCAAGGAGCUGACGCUGCAGAAGGGGGACAUCGUCUACAUCCAUAAGGAGGUGGACAGGAACUGGCUGGAGGGCGAGCACCAUGGCCGCGUGGGCAUCUUCCCCUCCAACUACGUAGAGAUCCUGCCUUCCACGGAGGUUCCCAAGCCCAUCAAGGCGCCGACCAUCCAAGUGCUGGAGUACGGCGAGGCCCUGGCGCUCUACAACUUCCGAGGGGAGCUGCCGGUGGAGCUUUCGUUCCGCAAGGGCGAGCGCGUGUGCCUGGCGCGGCGCGUGGACCACAACUGGUACGAGGGGCGCAUCUCCGGCACCAGCCGCCAGGGCAUCUUCCCCGCCACCUACGUGCAGGUGCUGAAGGAGCCGCGGGUCAAAUCCAGCUCCGAGGACGUCGCACCCUGCGCCAGCGCCAGCCCCCGGCCCCCCGCUGCCUCCCCAGCCCCACAGCGCUCCCCCGGCCCCCCCCUGCCCACCGGCUCCCCACGAGCAUCCUCCCCAUCGUCCUCCCCCCGGCACCUCGGCUCCGCCUUCCCCCCCUCCCCAAAACUGCCCCAUAGCAGCGCCCCAAACCCCUCCCUGGCCCCCCGCAGCCCCCCGCACCCCGCAGCCCCCCAUCAGCAGCCGUGGCGCCCAGCCGGUGCCCCCGAGCAGCGCGCAGCCCCCGCCGCCCGCCCCGAGCCCGCCCCGUCCUACAACGGCUCCGACAUCCAAUGGACACCGUACCGCGCGCUCUACCAGUACCGGCCGCAGAACGCGGACGAGCUGGAGCUGCUGGAGGGGGACCGCGUGGACGUGAUGCAGCAGUGCGACGACGGCUGGUUCGUGGGCGUGUCCCGGAGGACGCAGAAGUUCGGCACCUUUCCCGGGAACUACGUGGCCCCGGUGUGAUCCGGGCCCUGCGGAGGAGGAUUCCGGCCACGCCGCUCCCUGCCGCGUCCCCUCCGCGUCCCCCCCAUGGGGACAAAGCGCCUCCAGCUUCCGCCUGCCCCUAUGGGGCUGCUCUAACAGGGACCUAUCCCUGCA